CGUUUUUAUUUGAUGAAAGGAAAGAUGCCCAACUAUUUCUGUCCUGUACGGAAACUAAACCCGGGAUUCACGAAUGUGUAUCGAGGAGACCCUAUACAGGUUAUUGAGUCCAUCAUGCCAGGCCAAGAUACUAUGAGUCAAUGACUUCAAGAAUGUAUCUGUUAGUCACUAAGGAAAUGGCAAAUGGUAGCACUAAGAAAAAUGCAGUGGAGGCCCAGUCAUGUGAACAUUGAGUGUACAUUUGCUUUGCAUCCAACUUAGAAACAAUGAGGAACAACCACAGGUGUAAUGAAGAUGAAGAAUCGAACUUGCCCAGCUUUAGUGAAUGUGACCUUUCAGGUGAAGAAAUAAUAAGGAAGAGAAGAGAAGUUGGAAGUAAUGGAGACGGGGAGAAGGAGGAGAAGGAUGUAGCACCAGACGGCGGCUGGGGCUGGGUGGUAGUGUUCGGUGCCUCGCUCAUUCUUGUAAUGGUGGACACAGUUGGACAAUGCUUUGGAAUCAUAUUCUCGUCUUUCUUGCGGGAGCAAGAAGCGUCCUCCGUCUUGACUGCUGUGAUCUUCAACAUGUUUGGUUUCCUGUGGUGUUUGACGGGGCCACCGCUGGGGCCAUUGGUCUCGGAGUUUGGCUGGAGGAAGAUAACAUUUGUGGCCUCCAUCAUGAUCUCUCUCUCCACCAUCACAUCAGCGUUCGUUACCGCCCCUUGGCUUCUCAUCUUCACUUACUCCACUUUAGGGGGAAUUGGCUGUGGCAUAAUUUCCAACAUCAGCUACGCCAUCGUGCCUUACUACUUCAGCACACGGAGAGGGUUAGCCAAUGGCAUCAUUAUGUGUUGGGACUGUGGAGGCCAACUAUUGGGUCCUCCCUUGAUCUAUUAUUUGCAAUACAAGUAUGGUUUUGCAGGUGCCACCCUUAUUCUUGGAGGUAUUGUCCUCAACUGCUGUGUGGGUGCAGCAGUUUUUCAUCCCGUUGAGUGGCACUUGAAAUUCCAAAUAUGUGAUUCUCAAAAACAAGAAAACAUUGAUAAAAACUCUGAUGAAAGCUCUCAAUGUUUAAGCCACAAGGUCAACAGUUCUAAAUGCCAGUGCAACAUGAUGACAAAUUUGAUUCGUUCCACCAUUGCUGACUUGCGUAUCCUUGGGUCAGCACGAGCGAUCAUCAUAGCAAUGGGUGCCACUCUAAUUUUUAACGGCUAUCUUAAUUUCCUUGCAAUCGUUCCAUUUUAUAUGCAGGACUCUGGGUUCACCCUCGAAGAUUCAGCUUGGUGUGUAUCUGUGUCUGCAAUGUGCAAUAUGUUAACAAGGAUUGUUGUAUCAACAUUAUCAGAUACACCCUAUUUUAACUUUCGACUGUGCUACCUCAUUGCCAGCCUUACAAUCGCCAUUUCUAUGAUCGUCUUCGUGGUGAUAAGUGACAUUAUGUGGCUGAGUAUAGUGAUGGGCUUGUGGGGCUGCGGCGUUGGCGCCUUCAUGAGUAUAUUCAACCUGGUUAUGGUUCAUUAUAUGGGCCUCGACAACUUCAUGCCAAUGCUCGGAGCCACAAUGUUGUUCAUAUCUGGAGGAUACCUUACAAUAGGUCCUUUGGUCGGUUACAUUAGUGAUGCUAGCGAGACCUACUCAGUCACUAUAUGGGUAUUAGCCAGCACCGUCCUCUUGAGCUUUCUUCUUUGGCUCUUCAUGCCCAUUGCUGUUACUUAUGAUAAACGAGAGAGCGCCAUUAGAAAUACAGGUAAAAUAUCCUGAAGCCUUUACCAACUCACUGUGGCAUUUGUUGCAUGUUGGGAAUUAGG